UAAAAUAUCGCUCUUACUUCCGGUUUGGCUGCCCCCUUGCUAGGUACUUCUGUCUGUGUAGCUACUGGAAAUAGCUAGCUACAAGAAAACCUACAAACAAAAUUAUCUUGGGAGAAAUGGCCGAAUUCAACGAAAAAUGUCGUUCUUUUUCUAUGACACAGUUAAACGAAUUGCUUGAAGACGACGAGAAGCUUAACAGUAUCGUGAAAGAAAUGGAUGAGAUGCUACAGGUUCAGCAGCUGAAGGAGUUCACUCUGGCCAGUAACAGAAGUCUAGCAGAACAGAACCUACACCUGCAGCCCAGUCUGGAAAACCAGAAGAACCACCUGACCAAACUCUACCGCCACCUACAGGACCUCUACGACAACUACCAGCUACGCAAAUCCACACUAGACCACAGCUCAGGUAACAGUUCUCUGGACAUACAUCUGGCGUUGUUGCAAGCGGAAGGAGCCAAGAUUGAGGAAGAAACUGAGAACAUGGCAGACGCCUUCCUGGACGGAGAUGUCUCUCUGGACUGCUUUAUUGAAGAUUACCAGAGGAGGCGCUAUCUAGCCCACCUCCGCCGGGUCAAAAUCGACAAACUCAGAGAGCAUGUGCUGAAAGGCCUCAACCGACUCCCCCUGACCAGCACCUCCACCAACAUCCCGUCGCUGUCCGCCCAACCCCUGGACCUCCCCACCUCUCCAUCUGCCUACACCAACGGCUCCCCUUCGCCCCUCUACACACAGGCUGUUCCACACCCACCUCACCCCUUCCCCGGCCUGGCUUCCACAGGCUACCCUUACAUGCAGCAGCCCUACGCCCCUGCAGUCUCACAGCACCCCUCCUCGUCCGCACGCCUGCCCCCCCGAACUGGCUUCAUAAUGCAAUGAGGGAUUGGGGGGGGGAUUCAGGGAACGGUGACUAACUUUCUACUUAGAAGACACAGGAUGAGGCUUCAACCCAUAGAUUCUUUGCUGGCGUCAAAAUACAUGGCUAUUUAAGCUGAGGGGUGCCCUGAGAACUCAUUCUAACCUAAUUUAUCUGGAUUGUGAAUGAGGGGUUCACAAUUUUGUAUGUAUGCUUUCUGGAGACUAUUUAUACAGGAACGCCCAAUGCUUUCUCCUUUAUAAUGUACAUAAGGUAUCUGGUGGUAACUUGCAAGACUUUGGGGCAAUUGGUGGGUGCUACAGAUGUUGUAUGUUUUAAAUGUAGUAUAUUUGUCUCUGUGACUGACAGUGAGGUUUCUUACUGAAUCCAGUGUUGUAAUAAGGACCUGCCACUCCCAAGACCAUAUUCUUCUAAAAGGGUCCGGCAGGGUAGAGCUGAAUGUAGUCCACUAAAAUCAAUACGGCUAACUCACUUAACACCCUUUUAAACGGCACCAUGUCAGAAUUUGACAGGGACCAUACAAGGAUAUAUCUAAGUUGUUUACAGUUCAGUAAGGUUUAAGAGCCAAUAUAGCGGGUUUCCAGUUGUUCAAAGGAGAGCGUAUGCGGUCUGGGGAAAUGGUGCUAUUGCUUACUUGCUAGAUCUACCUAGCGGUCAACAGGUAAUGAAGCGCGUAGCGCCCUUUCUGCGCUUCUCAGAGAAAAACACUAUAUGACGUAUUUUAGUGUUUUGGGCAGUUCUGGAAGAUGAUAAGACCGGUUAUGAAGGUUUUUAUGCAAAUUGAUUUUCGGAAUAUUCAAAUGUUUCACUUUGGUUGGAAAGCUAGGUGACAGGACAAGGGCAAACUCAAUUCUGUAUGCAUUUUAACACUCAUGGCAAACUACAUUAUAGGUCCAUCACAUCAGUCAAAUUUAAUCUAUGGGUGCUAUUUAACUGGAUUAGUAGAAUCUGCAUUAACUGGAUUAGUAAAAUCCUUCUCUACCCUCUUAAAAGGUAGCCUGUUUAGCUUUUAUAAUCAUGUUGCGAUAAGGUAUGCAUUUUUUUCUCAGGCCUGUAACAAUUUAUAGGAUGUGAUAAGAAUUUGAUUUGACACUACCCAAUUAAAGACGGAUUUGAAAGUUAAGGUUUAAGAAACUUCUAGGAAAAAAACUACUUGCACACUUGAGGUGUUUUCAUCCAGUACAACUUGAGGUACUAGUGCCAUAUUAUAGCUUUAUCAUGACUUGACACCCUGUCUUUCUAAACUAACCAAUAAAAUUAUUUUCUUAAAACA